GUUCUCCUUCGACACUAGCUUCCCAAAUCUCAGAAAAAACAAAAAAGAAAAAUCCCAGAAAAAAAAUGGAGAGGCUGAAGCAGAGACAGAAAAGCGUGAAGAUCUGCUUGUUAAUGAUUCUUCUGGUGAUUUUCAACUUCGUUGGAAGAAUCUCAUCGCUCUCGGUCACUGUAAACGACGUUGAAUGCGUCUAUGAGUACGUCCUCUACGAGGGCGACAACGUCUCUGGAAACUUCGUGGUGGUCGAUCACGACAUCUUCUGGAGCUCUGAUCAUCCCGGCAUAGAUUUUACAGUGACGUCUCCUGCUGGUAAUGAGGUGAAAACCUUGAAGGGAACAUCCGGUGACAAGUUUGAAUUCAAGGCCCCACGAAGUGGAAUGUACAAAUUCUGUUUUCAGAAUCCUUACUCAACACCGGAGACUGUUUCUUUCUACAUACAUGUUGGUCAUAUUCCUAAUGAGCAUGACCUGGCUAAAGACGAACAUUUGAACCCAAUAAAUGUCAAAAUUGCUGAGCUGAGAGAGGCACUGGAUUCUGUUACAGCAGAGCAGAAGUACUUGAAAGCACGUGAUGCUCGGCAUCGUAACACAAAUGAGAGCACAAGAAAGCGCGUUGUAUUCUACACUGUUGGUGAAUAUAUUAUGCUGGCCGUUGCAAGCGCAUUACAAGUAAUCUAUAUACGGCAGCUGUUCAGCAAAUCAGUGGCAUACAACCGAGUUUGAGCCGUGGGAUAUGUUAAUGUCUGCUUAGCUUAGUAUCACGGUGAGGCUUAUAGUUGAGCUCCUUUUCUGUUUCUUGGUAUAUUUAUAUGUGUUGGGUUUAUAUUAGUAACUUGUUGUUUCUCAGCUACAAUGUGACUUUUAAUUUCCCUCAAUUUAUAGGACGGUAAUUUAAUUAGAUAAA